AAUGGCUAUACUCGAGUUGGCAUAAUAGAAAACUUCCUUGUUAAAAUGUGAAUGGGCUGUCUUGGAUAUGUAAAAUCUUCAAAGUCCACCCAGUCUAAGCAAUAACACUUGCUCUCCACGGCUCCAAAAGUCUUCACACGUUUUCUUUCUUUCACAUCUUUUUUUUUUUAAAAAAAGAAAACUAUAUAUUAAUACUUCCCCUUUAGCCAUUGCUUACAUCCCAUCAAACCAGCUCUCCCUCUCCUGCACCCACAACAUCAAUAACAAAAUCUUGAAUAUCCUCAGACACAGAGGGACAAUUCCCUCUUCGAGAACAUGUCUUCUGCAGAAUCGAAAAUGGCACUUGCCAAGACCGUCUUAUCUACAGUAGGCUCUGUUGCUGCAACAACCAUGGUUGUUCGGACCGUUGCAAAUGAGUUGCUGCCGCAAGAAUUGUAUGAUUAUCUCUUCUUUGGCCUCAAAAACCUCUUCAGCAGGUUCUCAAAUCAGCUAACAAUGGUAAUUGACGAAUUUGAUGGCUUGGUCAACAAUGAAAUCUAUGAAGCAGCUGAAAUGUACUUGGGUAACAAGUUGUCAACCAACACCAGGCGAGUCAAAAUCAGCAAGCCUGAGAAGGAGAAACGGUUCAGCAUAACAUUGGAACACGACGAGGAGGUGACAGAUGUUUACAGUGGGCAGAAAUUCCAGUGGGUUUGGCUUAGCAAAAAAGUAGAAUCUCGAGACUUUUAUAAUCCCAGAAGCAUGAAUUCCACUUUAAGAUCUGAGGUCAGAUCCUUUGAGCUCACAUUUCACAAGAAAAACAAGGAACUUGUCCUUAAUUCAUACUUGCCUUACAUCAUAGGAGAGGCAAAACUGAGAGAACUCGAGAACAGGGCAAUCAAGAUUCACACUGUGGAUUACCAAUCCAUUUAUAAUUUACAUGAUAUAUGGGAGGCGAUCAAUCUUGAUCACCCGGCAACCUUUGAGACUCUGGCAAUGGACUCAGAGGUGAAAGACAAAAUUAUAAAGGAUUUAGACAGAUUUGUGAAGAGAAAAGAUUAUUAUAGGAAAGUAGGAAAAGCAUGGAAAAGAGGAUACUUGAUGUAUGGUCCUCCAGGGACAGGAAAAUCCAGUUUGGUCGCUGCUAUGGCUAAUUACUUGAACUUUGAUAUAUAUGAUUUGGAGUUGACUGAGGUGAUGAGAAACUCUGAUUUAAGACGGCUGCUUGUGGCCACGGCUAAUAAGUCCAUCUUGGUGGUCGAAGACAUUGACUGUACCAUUGAUUUGCAAACUAAUUUGGCUAAUCGAACAAAUGAUUCUCCUCCAGAUGGUUCUAAUCAACAAGAAACCAAGGUAACAUUAUCUGGUUUAUUGAAUUUCAUCGAUGGAUUAUGGUCGAGCUGUGGUGACGAAAGGAUCAUAAUUUUCACAACAAAUCACAUAGAAAAGCUUGACCCUGCAUUGUUGAGGCCUGGCAGGAUGGACAUGCACAUUCAUUUGUCAUAUUGUACUCCCAGUGGCUUCAGGCUUCUUGCUGCUAAUUACCUGGAAACUAGAGAGCACAAAUUGUUCAAACAAAUUGAAGAACUCGUAGAAACUGCGAUGGUGACGCCAGCCCAGGUGGCUGAGCAACUGUUGAAGGAAGAUGAGGUUGAUGUUUCACUUGAUGGCUUAAUUAGUUUUCUACACGUAAAGAUUAAGGAAAAGGAAGAAGCCAAGUCUAAGAAAGUAGAGGCAACAGAAUUGGAUACAAAUGAGAAGAAGAUAAGUGAUGAAAAAGGAAUUGAAGAAAACUUAGAAGAAAAAAAGAUUACUAAUGAGAAGUAAAAGCCACAAAAAGAGUUGGCUCUACCUAACAUGUCAAUAUUUGGAUAAUACGUAGCAAGAUUUUGUUCGAUUAACGUUACUAAUUAAAUUCAAAUUUAGUAACACUUAUAUAAGCAACAAAAAAUAAUACAAUUCUAAAUGCAGGUUUCUGGUUUUCUUAGUUGUAACCUUUCAUUUAGAAGUCAAUUUUUUUAUUAGGUUAGUUGUUUUCACCAUUAUAUAUUUUGGAAAAACUAUAUAAUUAGACAACUUUACUAUCAUAUAUAGUAUUAUUAUUAUCUAUACUUCAAAAUAUUACAUAUCUUGACUAUUUAAAGUCA